UACUCAUGAAAAAACUAAUACCAUCAACACCAUCAAACACAAUAUCAGAAAUACACAUCAGCACAUACUAUACCAAAAUUCAUGUUGAGGCCCUGAUUAGAUCUUUACUCAAUGACAUGUUAAAAACAUUACUGUUAUAGGUCUACAUGUACUAAUCUAUGUUGAAACUAUAAAUAUUCAGUCAUUAAAAUGUAUAAUUACAUGAAAAAAUUAUAAUUACUGCCUGACACAUCGCAAGACACUCUUCGUAAUAUUUUAAUGUUAUUUUUUCUUUUAAUAGACUACAUCUUCGGCCACUACACCAUUGGUGAUCAGCUGGGGAAAGGUGGAUUUGGCGUGGUGUAUGAAGGGAGACGUCUGGAGGAUGAUCUUAAAGUGGCUUUGAAAUAUGUCACGAAGACACAGCACACAGAAUGUAUAUUCUUUCCUGAUCAUGCAGUCCCCCUUCCAAAAGAAAUCGCCCUCACCAUCCUGGCGAAUAAAGGUCCCAGCGUGCCAGAAAUCAUCAGGUUGCUGGACUGGCAGAACCACCCUUACCACUUCGUCAUGGUCCUCGAAUGUCCCUCUCCCUGUGAGUUCAUGAGGCGUAACGGUAGAAGCCUCAAUGAAGAAACAGUGCGGCAAAUCAUGUGGCAGUGGGCUCACUUGCAUUCUCUGCCACCAUGCAAGCCACAGCUACUAAAGAGGUUCCUGCUAUGGCUGCUCCACACCUGUCAUAGGCACCCCAACGGUGUCGUUGCCUCCUCAGAGGUUCCUGUAAAGGCCAGAGCCAGCUCCAAAAGCCGUCUUAGUGCACAGCCACCCUGGGCUCCAAGCUCCCAGUGA